CGGGUGAGAAUAAGAGCAGCCCUGUCCAGGCUCAUCUGCUCUGACUUGACCCUGUAAAGAAAGAAAGAAAAAGAGAGAGAAAGGGCAAAGCAAGACAGCGUAUAAAAACGUUGAGCUAAUCAGCUAAAGAGAGGGACCAGCCCGCCAUUAAUGCAAGUCACCCCCACCUUCUCAUCCCUCUCCCUCUGCCUCUGCCUCUGCCUCUGCCUCCCUCUUAUAUGUACACCAGUCAAAGCCACGUUUUAGCUUGAAACUUCCUUCAAGCUCUCUCUCUAAAAGCUUCUCAGCCACCAAACUUAGUUUUGAAACCAUCUCUGUCUCUGUAAAAAGUGGCAAAGGCUUCACUUAAAAGAGUUUUAUGCAGCUUAGCCAAGUGUCUAAUUCUUUUUCGGGGUGAUCUGCAGGAAGGAAAAUCAAAAGGGUAGUUAGUUUUCAUGGGGGUUUGCUUGAGUGCUCGGAUUAAAGCUGAGAGCCCAUGUACCACAGGGGCAAAUUCAAAAUAUGUUAGCACGGAUGGGAAUGAUUUUAGCAGUACGAGUAGCAAGGUCUCAUCAUUUUCAGUGCCUCAGACUCCUCGGAGUGAGGGUGAGAUCUUGCAGGCGACCAAUGUGAAGAGCUUUAGUUUUGCCGAACUCAAAACGUCCACCAGGAAUUUCCGUCCUGAUAGUGUGUUAGGGGAAGGUGGUUUUGGUUCAGUUUUUAAGGGAUGGAUUGAUGAGAAUACAUUUGCUGCAGCCAAGCCUGGGACUGGCAUUAUUAUAGCUGUGAAAAGGCUUAAUCAAGAAAGUUUCCAAGGUCAUAAGGAGUGGUUGGCAGAAGUGAAUUAUCUGGGACAGCUUUCUCAUCCUCAUCUUGUGAAGUUGAUUGGCUAUUGCUUGGAAGAUGAACACCGACUACUGGUGUAUGAGUUCAUGCCUCGAGGCAGCUUGGAAAAUCAUUUAUUCAGGAGAGGUUCUUAUUUCCAACCUCUUUCUUGGAGCCUCCGCUUGAAAGUGGCUCUCGGUGCUGCAAAGGGGCUUGCUUUUCUGCAUAGUGCUGAAACACAAGUGAUAUAUCGAGAUUUCAAGACUUCUAAUAUUCUUCUUGAUUCGAGCUACAAUGCAAAGCUUUCUGAUUUUGGGUUGGCCAAGGAUGGACCGACAGGUGAUAAAAGUCAUGUCUCUACCAGGGUUAUGGGGACCUACGGAUAUGCUGCUCCAGAGUAUUUAGCCACAGGUCAUCUUACUACAAGAAGUGAUGUAUAUAGUUAUGGGGUUGUCCUAUUAGAAAUGUUGUCUGGCCGGAGAGCAGUUGAUAAGAAUCGACCAUCUGGAGAGCACAAUCUGGUGGAAUGGGCUAAACCCUAUCUGGCAAACAAACGUAAGAUCUUCAGAAUCCUUGACAACCGUCUUGAAGGCCAAUAUACAAUGGAUGGAGCCUAUAAGGCAGCAACCCUUGCAUUACGAUGCUUAUCCAUGGAAGCCAAGUUCAGGCCGACCAUGGAUGAGGUUGUAACAGCAUUGGAGCAGCUACAGGAAUCAAACGACACUAGAGUUCCUCAGAGCAAUUUGAGUAAUGGAGCCAGGGUUCGAAGACGAAGUGCAGAUGAUGCUCACAGGGGAAGGAUACCAGCUGCUUACCCUCGGCCCUCUGCUUCCCCUCUUUAUGCUUGAAAAUGGAAUAGCAGAAUUUAACAACAGCUGCUUCUCAUUCUACUAAAAAUACCAUUGCAAGGUGGUUUGGUGUCAAUCUAUGAUCUUGACUAAAAAUACCAUUGCGAUGUGGUUUGGUGUCAAUCUAAAAAUCUUGAGCACAUACGUAUAUUUGUCCAAUAACUGUACAGUUCAUAUUUUGGCUAAUGCAUUCUAAAAUUCAGCUUUCUGUUGAGGAUGUCCUGAUGAGCUUGUAUCAUGAAAGAAUGUCACAAUAUUGUUUGUCUUUACACAUGUUUGUAACAUUUGGAAACAGCUUGGAAAAUAGGGAUGCAUGUGCUGUUGCAUGACUUUAGGUAGCUCUCCUUUUCCUUUCCGCCUGGGGUGGUAUAUAUUUCAUUUGCUUGUACUUUUUAGAUGGGUCUGUCUGUCCUUUACAUGUAACAGUUUGCUGAAAUAUCUAUAUUUGUGCAUGUUUUUUCCCCCCUGAAACAAGGAAAAGAGAGAAGAAAUUCGGUUC